CCCCUCCUGUGUCCCCUCAGCCCCUCCCGUUCUCCCCCCGCCCGUAUCCCCUCAGCCCCUCUGGUGUCCCCUUCCGGUCCCCUCCCGUAUCCCCUCAGCCCCUCCCGUGCCUCCUCAUCUCCUCUGUUUCCCCUCCUGUUUCCCCCCUCGUACCCCUCCCGUGUCCCCUCAGCCGCCCCGUCCCCGCCGGUGCCGCCGUUCCGCCCCCCGGGCCGUGCACGUCGCGGGGGCGCCCCCCGGUGGCGCAGGCGGAGGCAGCGCAUGGGGCGCGGCGCGGCGGGCGGCGCGCGGCGCUCCCGGCGGGGCAGCGCGGCCGCGGGCGGGACGCGCCGGGCCCGGAACAGGAAUGCGGGGGGAAGCCCGGCCGGGGCCAAGGCGGAGCCCCCCGGGCCCGGCGUCAUCGAUCUGGGGGCGCAGAGCGGGCGCUGGGCCGCCUUCCAGGAGCGGCACCGGCUGAGCUGCGAGGAGGCGGCGCGGCUGCUGCUGGACGCGUAUGAAUACAGGGGUUUGGUGAAGCACACAGGAGGCUGUCACUGUGGAGCCGUCCGCUUCGAGGUCUGGGCUUCAGCAGAUCUGCACGUGUUCAACUGCAAUUGCAGCAUUUGCACAAAGAAACAGAACCGACACUUCAUUGUGCCAGCGUCGCGUUUCAAGCUGCUCAAGGGCGCUGACAAUUUGACAACUUAUACCUUCAACACACACCGUGCCCAGCACACGUUCUGCAAGACCUGUGGUGUUCAGAGCUUUUAUACUCCUCGUUCUAACCCUGAUGGUUAUGGAAUCGCUCCCCACUGUCUGGAUGAUGGCACUGUGCAGACCAUUAUCACAGAGGAUAUCAAUGGCAAGGAGUGGGAGAAAGCAGUGAGGGAACAUAAGACCAUCAGAGACAUGUCAAAACCCUGACACAUCCUCCCAGCAGCCUUGGGAGCACUGCCAAGGAAAUGCAGUCUGGGCUUUCCUGGGUGGUGGUUGGUGAAAUCAAUCUCUAAUUACUGUUACCUGUUCUCUGUUUCUUAAAUAAAUCUUUCUAUGCUGUUUUGUCUCA